ACCGGCGCUGCUCUUCUACCGAACUACUGCUGCCCCGGCGGCUGCCGCUCCUGCUCGCCUGAGCCCAGACGUGCCCUUUUCCCGGCUCUCCCCGACUCCUGAGCCAGCGCAGGCCCCCCGGGGCUGGGGUGGCAGCAUGUCCGGGACCAUGAAGUUCAAUGGCUAUGUGAGGGUGAGGAUCGGCGAGGCCGUGGGGCUGCAGCCCACCCGCUGGUCCUUGCGACACUCCCUUUUCAAGAAGGGCUACCAGCUGCUGGAUCCCUACCUGACCGUGAGCGUGGACCAGGUGCGCGUCGGCCAAACGAGCACCAAGCAGAAGACCAACAAGCCCACCUACAACGAGGAGUUCUGUACCAAUGUCACAGACGGCGGCCACAUGGAGCUGGCCGUCUUCCAUGAGACCCCCCUGGGCUAUGACCACUUCGUGGCCAACUGUACUUUGCAUUUCCAAGAACUGCUGCGCACUGCGGGCUCCUCCGACACCUUCGAGGGUUGGGUGGAUUUGGAGCCAGAGGGGAAAGUUUUUGUGGUUAUAACUCUUACAGGAAGUUUUACUGAAGCAACUCUCCAGAGAGACAGAAUCUUCAAGCAUUUUACUCGGAAGCGCCAGAGGGCUAUGCGAAGACGAGUCCAUCAAAUUAAUGGGCAUAAGUUUAUGGCAACAUAUCUGAGACAACCUACCUACUGUUCACAUUGCAAGGAGUUUAUAUGGGGAUUAUUUGGGAAACAAGGCUAUCAGUGCCAAGUCUGCACCUGUGUUGUUCAUAAGCGCUGCCAUCAUCUGAUCGUUACUGCCUGUACUUGCCAAAAUAUAAAUAAAGUGGAUGCAAAGAAUUCUGAACAGAGAUUUGGAAUCAACAUUCCCCACAAAUUCAGUGUUCACAACUACAAAGUGCCCACCUUCUGCGAUCACUGUGGCUCCCUGCUUUGGGGAAUAAUGAGACAAGGACUGCAGUGUAAAAUCUGUAAAAUGAAUGUACAUAAAAGAUGCCAAGCCAAUGUGGCACCCAAUUGUGGAGUGAAUGCAGUGGAGUUAGCAAAGACCUUGGCAGGAAUGGGACUUCAACCCGGAAAUAUUUCUCCAGCUUCGAAGCUAAUUUCCAGGUCACCCCUGAAGCGACAAGGAAAGGAAAGUAUAAAAGAAGGCAAUGGUAUUGGUGUAUCCUCAUCUAACCGCCUUGGUAUUGAAGAUUUUGAAUUCAUCCGAAUGUUGGGAAAAGGCAGUUUUGGGAAGGUGAUGCUUGCCAGAAUAAAAGAGACUGGCAAUCUCUAUGCUGUGAAAGUAUUGAAGAAGGAUGUGAUCCUCCAGGAUGAUGAUGUAGAAUGCACAAUGACAGAGAAAAGGAUCCUGGCCCUGGCCCGAAAUCACCCCUUCCUUACCCAAUUAUUCUGCUGCUUUCAGACCCCUGAUCGUCUUUUUUUUGUGAUGGAGUUUGUGAAUGGAGGGGACUUAAUGUUCCACAUCCAGAAAUCCCGUCGUUUUGAUGAAGCUCGAGCCCGCUUCUAUGCUGCAGAAAUAAUUUCUGCCCUUAUGUUUCUUCAUGAGAAAGGGAUCAUUUAUAGAGAUCUGAAACUGGAUAACGUGUUGUUGGACCACGAGGGUCAUUGUAAAUUGGCCGACUUUGGAAUGUGCAAGGAAGGGAUCUGUGAUGGCAUCACCACUGCAACAUUCUGCGGCACACCUGACUACAUUGCCCCAGAGAUUCUGCAGGAAAUGCUCUAUGGUCCUGCUGUGGACUGGUGGGCAAUGGGAGUGUUGCUGUAUGAGAUGCUGUGUGGCCAUGCUCCUUUUGAAGCUGAAAAUGAAGAUGAUCUUUUUGAAGCUAUAUUGAAUGAUGAAGUUGUUUACCCUACAUGGCUCCAUGACGAUGCCACGGGAAUCUUAAAAGCUUUCAUGACCAAGAACCCAAACAUGCGGUUGGGAAGUGUGACUCAAGGUGGCGAGCAUACCAUCUUGAGACAUCCAUUCUUUAAAGAAAUUGACUGGGUCCAGCUGAACCAGCGCCAACUAGAACCACCCUUCAGACCCAGAAUCAAAUCCCGAGAAGACGUCAGUAAUUUUGAUCCUGACUUUAUAAGAGAAGAGCCAGUUUUAACUCCAAUUGAUGAGGGACAUCUUCCUAUGAUUAACCAGGAAGAAUUUAGAAACUUUUCCUAUGUAUCUCCGGAAUUGCAAUCAUAGCCUUAAGAGAAAAGAAGUACAAGAUGACAGAUUUUUUCCAGGAAUUUCCUUCUUACAAAGUAUUUAGCCAUAGCCUUAUUUUAUAACAACAACAUUACUUUAAUGUGAAGAACAUAGAGAAGAAGAAGAAAAAGGAUACCAUGGAAUAUGCGCAACACUGUCUUUGAGGUCAAAUCUAUCUGUAUAGUGCUGGAAUGACCGUGGUACUCUCAAUAGGUGAUGUGGAAAUCAGACUAAGUGUUGAAGUAUUGGACUCAAGAGUAGUGUGCCCAAGGGUAAUUUGGGAUCUGGGGAAAUUAGCAAUAGCAAAAAGGAAGGAGCAAGAUCUACAGAGCAUGAGCUGAGUAUCUUAGCAUUUCUGAGCCAAACAGACAUUUUACAUUGAUAAAGCAGUGACAAAACCACCUGGCGCUGUCUGCAUUUCAGGCCUAUGGAACCAGCACCAGAUGGCAACUUGGGAAAAUUCAGGGAGAAGUAAUUUUUUUUUCAGGCUCUUACCUGCUGAUGAAGAAUUUGAUGCUCUUCUCUUCCAAGGGACUCAAUGGCUUUCUUCCUGACUGUGGAGCUUCCGUGUAAAAUACUUUACUGUGCCGAAGUCUAACAAAUAAAAGCAAAAACCUAACAAAGCAUCAACGAAGCAACCGACACCACCUUUACUACUGUAUGUGUUUCUAAAAUGAUCACUGAGAUAAUGGUUCUCCUCUGUUUUGUUUGUGAAAUAUGAGACUAUUGUUUGCAUUCUAUGAAAUGCCUUUAACCUUAAACCAUCUUUGUUUGCAUGACCCCUGUUUACCCUGGAAGGAUAGGACUCUCUUUUCAAAAUAGGACAAGGAAUAGGGAAGGGAGCUCCGAUUCAGUGGGUGCAUGCAAACAAAGAAAUUGGGCCUUAGGCUCCCAUUUACUUUUGUGUCUAGCUAGCUGGAUGUAAAACUGUUUUUGUGGUCGACCAUGAGCAAGGGACAAUUCUGUGUGCAAUGACCCAACCUCUACUAUUAGCUGUAGCUGUACUUUUGUCGUUUAUUUAAAUUAUGGUUUAAGUGGCAAUCUUAUUAAGUGUGUGCUGAUUAAAUACUCCA